AUGCAUUUCUCCCAGAUCGCAGCCAAGACCCUCCUGACCACGCUCGCGGCCCGCGGCGUGCCCAAGCCCGACCACCCCUUCGGCACCUCCAGCGCAGCCAGUCUGCUGGCUCGUCAGUCGGGAUGCGAGGUGGGCGAGGAGGUGUGCGGCGAGUUCUGCAUCCCUCUCGGCGGUGACUGCUGUGUUCCUUUCGGACGCGACACCUACUGCGACCCUGGUCUGUCCUGCAUGCCUGAUUCGGGAUGCUGCGAGACCGGAGAAGUAUGCACCGGCCCAGAACCGGUGUGCGAGGAUGAGGGCCUUCAGACCUGCGGCGAAGGCUGCAUCCCCGCCGACGCCGAAUGCUGCGGCCCUCAAGGUUACUGCGAGGCCGGCACGACCUGCAGCGCCGACGGAUGCGUGGAGGGCGGCAGCAGCGGCGGCAGCUCCGGCGGCUCCGGCUCCGGCGGCAGCAGCACCCGCGGCGGCGGAGCGGGGAGUACCCCGACCGCGGGCGGCGACGACGAUGAGCCUACCGCGACUAGCGCCCAGCCUACUUCGAGGAGGACAUCUGCUGCCUCGCCCACCGGCACUGGCGAGUCCGGUUCCGGUUCCGGUUCGUCCGGUUCUGGUUCUGGCUCUGGUUCGUCCGGCUCGGGCUCUGGCUCUGGCUCUUCGGGGUCCGGCUCUUCUGGGUCUGGCUCAUCCGGUUCUGGCUCGUCUGGCUCUGGCAACAACAACAACAACAACAACAAUGGUGGCCGCCCCAGUGGUGCUUCGGGCUUGGUCGUCCCGGGGUCUUUGAUGGCUCUUGCCGGCCUUGUGGUCCUGUUGGCUUAA